UUCCCCCUCACACACCCUGGGCUGCCCUGCAUGGCAGACGCUCCCAGCCUGGGGCCAGUCCCCCCUCCCCACGGAUCCCAUCGUGCCUGCUCGGAGAACAGCUUGGAAGAGCUGCUGGAGAGCCACUGGAGGAGAGAACAACAAGUGUUCCUAGGAAAGUGAGCUAGUGCAGAGUAGGGCUUUUGUCUUUUCAAGGAGGAAGUAAAGCAGUUGAAACGGUUUGGUACCACUGUUUACCAGGAGUGAGAAAAGACAAUGGAUUCAGACUUUUUAAAUGUGUUUACACAGCCUUCUACAGUUGAUCAAUUCCUAGAUGAGACUGUCAUUGCUAAAGGUGAGAAGAGGAAACUCAUAAAACCCACCUCAAGCAACAAUUCCAAGUUGAAACAAUUAAAACUGUUUUUGAUUGACUGGAUUAACAGAACUCUGCAAGAGGAACACAUAGUAGUUAAAAGUCUGGAAGAAGACCUGUUUGAUGGGCUGGUACUUCAUCAUCUCUUGGAAAAGCUGGGGUCCCUCAAGCUGGAUGUUGACAAGAUCGCGUUGACGGAGAAGAAACAGCGCCAGAAACUCUCUGUGAUCAUGGAAGCUGUGGCCAAGUGUCUGCAACUGGAGGAGAGUCAGCUGAAGUGGAGCGUGGAAUCUAUCUUGACAAAGGACUUGCUGAGCACACUGCACCUGCUGGUUGCAAUAGCAAAGCACUUCAAUCCCAGCCUGGCCCUGCCUCCAAAUGUUCAAGUGGAAACAAUCACCAUCGAGAACACCUCCAGAGGAUUAAAGACAUCAAAUGCGGUGGAAAAUAUCACAGACAACAAAGAGAGCACAGAAGCGCAGUCAAAUGACGCCUUUGAUGAAUUAUUUAGCCGUGCUCCAGAUAAACUGGAGGCUGUCAAAAAGGUGUUUUUGCAAUUUGUCAACCAGCACGUUGGAAAAUUAGGAUUAAGUGUGAAAGACAUUGAAUCUCAGUUUUCAGAUGGAGUUAUCUUACUUAUCUUAAUUGGACAACUGGAGGGUUACUUUCUGAAUUUGAGGAACUUCUUCCUGACUCCAGCCAGCACCACGGAGAUGCUCCACAAUGUUAACCUUGCCUUGGACUUGCUGGCAGAUGGAGGUCUUCUGAAUUUUUCUGUGAACUCUGAAGCAUGUCACGGUGUGAUUUUUGGAUUCCCAGCUCUGUUUGCCGCUGCUUCUGUGCCUGAACUUGUGUUUGACACUUGCUGUGUUAACACUGCAUAUGCAAGUCUGUUGUUCAUGCAGCCUUUCACAUAUACAGCCUGAGUAACUUCAAAUAUUGUGUGUCCAUGGCCAGUGUAAUUCUGUGGCUGUAGCUCUUGUUCCAGACCCUGCCUUUUGUUUUCUUCAGUGCUGCAAAGAGGUGCAAUGUGUGUUUUUUCUGGACUCCGCGUUCUUUGCUCCUUAAGGUGAAUUUGGAAGUUGUUGUUGCAGCCUCCCCCCUUUUCCUGCUUCUGAGUCGCUCUGGAAACCGGAGAGGUGAAGACUGACACCCACUUGAAGCUCAAGUUCAAAACCUGCUUUGGAGAGGUGCCCAGAGCUUGUCAGACAAGAGGAUAUGGAUUGGACACCAAGUGAAUAGGCAGCAGAAAGGAAAUCUGAACUUACCAAGUGUUUAAUGAAUGUUCUACUGCUCAGAUAUGGAGAAGGAACUAAGAUCAAUGUGAGACUGUGCAGUGACACGGGGCUCUGGAGGAAGAUACCCUGCUUUCCUUGCCAAGCCAGUGCCAAGCUGUGGCUGGCUCCAGCCUGUUGCAGCCCCACUGUAAUCUUUGACUGGCAGGAAUCCCAAUUCCUGUGUCAAGCAAGAAAGGCUCACAUGUCCACACUUUCUCUCCAGUAAGAGGUGGAUAGUUGCUGGCUUCCUCUGCAGCUGGGAGAGACCAUCAUGGGUGGGAUUAGUGAAACUCAGCUUCCACCACUUCUGGCAGCUCAGUUGUGCUGCAGGGGCUCUCAAACUCCUCUGAGACUCUCCCAGCUGAACUUAUCCAGCCACCAUCCCCAGGCAUCCCAGCAUCUCCCUCUGGAUGUGUCAAGGCUAGCCACAAUUUAUGUCAGCUGUCACCCUCGGUCCUCCUUGGGGGUUUUAAAUCACAGCUCUUUCAAAACCUCCAUUUACUCCCUUGACCUUAAAAUUAUGUCAUGUUGCAGAAAACUAGAGAUCUAAUAAUAAAGUUUUGGUAUUAUUGUGGCUUCCAUCUAAACUGAUUUAAUUUCCUGUCCUCAGUGCCUCUGACAUUUGAUCUCUGGUCUGAUCCUCCACCUGUGUGUUAAGGGGAAAGCAGAGCUCCAGUGCUGACAUUUA